UGGCUGCAGGUUGUGCGGCUCCCAAGCUUGCGCCAGAGACGGCUGGUGACCAGCAGCGGACCCGGAGGUACCUCGGUCUGCUGCAGCGGCACCAGACCAGGCAGAGUCGCCCAGGAUGGGGGAGACUGGAGACCUCGUGCAGCUCCGGCUGCGCAAUCUGGAGCUCCUCAGGCGUUUGCGGGCUGGGCAGGCUGCCAUGCAGCGGUUGGUGGCCCGGGCAGCUUCUGAGUCAGGCAUGGACUCCAGUAGCAACAGCAGCUAUCAUGCAGAGACGCCAUUGUCCUCAGAAACAUCGUCAGCCUCCUCAAGUGCCUCCUGCUUACGGGACAAAUGCCACACGUGGGAGCCCCCAGACACCCACACAGGUGACCCCUGUGAUAGAGCCUGGCUUGGCAGGGCCCCCUCCAGGGUGUCCUCUCUGCCUCCUGCCAAGUACCAACCCCCAGAGGCCCCGGGCCCUCCAAGGCCUUGCUCGACACCUUUGCUGGCCGCUGGUGACCCGGAGGAGCCAUCUGCAGGUCGGGGAGAUCAUGGGCCUCAGGAGGCCCACGCUCCGAAGUCCAUCCUGGCCCGGCACAGCAGGAAGUACAAGCCCAGAGUGACCUUCUUUGAGGAGUUCACAGUGCCUGAGAGCAGCUGGCGCCUGCGGCCGUAUUUGGGCUACGACUGGAUCGCAGGGUGCCUGGACAGCAGCUCGCCCGUCAGCAGCAAGCCUGAGGCCUUCUUCUCCGUGCUGCAGGAGUUCCGGGAGGCCCACCGGGAGGAGUGCAUCCACAGUCACCACGAACCCUGCCUCCAAGGCCCUCGAGAGGGUGGGGAUGCGGAGAAGGACCAUGAGUGCGUGUACUCUUACCGUGUCAACCGACGCCUGUUCCUGGUUCCCUCGGACCCUGGCAUCCCCUGCCGCUUGUGUGGGACCCCGCGGGACCAGCGGGGCCCUGAAACCCUAGCAGAGCCUGCGCAGGUCCAGGUGAGCGUCCCACUGUCGGUCCUGGAUGCCCCCCACCGGUACCGUGUCCACCGCCGCAAGAGCUUCAACGCUUCUGACACGCUGGCCCUGCCCCGGCACUGUCUGCUGGGCUGGGACAUCGCCCCUCCGAAGCCCGAGAGAAGCUCAGUCCCCAGGAGCCUUGACCUGGUCUCUGAGGCCCAGCACCGGAAGCUGUCAGCUGCCAGCCCUUCCCGGCUGGCUUUGCCAGGGCAGCGCCCGCGCCCCACCCUGAUGUGGUCAGAGUCCCAGGUUCCGCAGGCCCCAUGGUGAGGUCCUGAGGACUGCCUACUAGGACCAGAGUGCCCCUGCCAGCCUUGGUACCUUCUGCGUGAAUGAAGCCUCUGCCCACCUUGAGGUCCAGAGAGCAAGGACUUGGAGGAGAUGAAGGCUUUGGUGACAAGUUUGUAAUAAAGUUCAGCUCCC